GGGGAGAAAAGACAACUAAAUUACUACGUUGCAUGCUAAUAUGGGGUGCAGUUGGCUGCUGUUUAGUGUUUGUUGAGAUAUUAUGGUAUAUCAGUUAGACCACCCACACCGAGCCUAGCUACUGGUUGAACACACCGAGUUCAAAGGUUCACGCGAGAAUUAACCAAUUUAAUCAGUUAUUACCAGUCUUAUAGUCAGAUUAACUAGUAGAUAGGGAGGGAGUCUCCCAACAGACUUGUGUCUGAAGAGCGAUUUAAAACAGGGACCAUUUCCCACCGAUGCAGCAAAGGGACCGGUUCACGUGAGGAUCCUGGCCACUAACUCCUGGAGUCUGGACUUGGUUUGUUAGGAACUCCCCUAGAUUGGCAAUGUUUGACAAUUCCCAGUAUCCUUAUAACUGCUUUAAUUACGAUGGAGAUGAUUACCCGCCCUGUAGUUCUGAGGAAGAGAAGAAGAUAUGUAGACCUGCCUACAGUUACAUCGCCCUUAUAGCCAUGGCCAUCCAACAGAGCCCUGACCAUAGACUCACCCUGUCCGGCAUCUAUGAGUUUAUCAUGGCAACAUUCCCCUACUACAGAGCGAACCAGAGAGCUUGGCAGAACUCGAUCCGGCAUAACCUGUCCCUGAACAGCUGCUUUGUUAAGGUGCCGAGGUCCGAAGGGAAGGAGAAAGGCAAGGGGAAUUAUUGGACCUUUGCCUCGGGUUGCGAGUCAAUGCUGGAUUUGUUUGAGAACGGCAAUUACCGGCGGCGGCGGCGAAGGAGGAAGGCGGCGCCAGUCAAACGCUUGCCGAGCUAUCAGUGUGACAGUGGGGGAGAGCUGCAGUCCCCCGGGCCAGGGCCAUCGGGGAAAUUACUCCAACAGGACUCACCCCAACACCCCUACAAAACCGAGUCUGAGAUCAAGUUCAGCAUCGAUUACAUCCUAUCCGCCCCGGACCCGUUCCCGAGCCUCCGAGACCAGGGCAGUAACAGCCUGUCACUGCUGCAGGAGCGGCACCUCAUCAACCCCCAGCUCUGCACCAAGUGAACUCCUGACCGCUCAGCAAAAGGGAAAGUCACUCUCCGAGGGAAGAGCCAGCCCUGGUCUCCAAGCCUCCGCACCUGAGCAAGGGUCAGGCCGUUACUGGACGGGACCCCUUCCCUCUUCUGUACCCAGCGUUCAGUUGUAAUGUGAAACAUUAUGUGGCUCGGUCUGUGUCUGUGUGUGUGUGUGUGUGUGUCUAUUCCUCGGCCAGGUAUUUUAAACCCCAAAUAUGAACUCCAGCCAGCCCUAUCAUUCCAAUCAUUAAGCCCAGGGAGGGUUUAAAACGCAUGCUAAAUAUAAAAAAAGAGGCCACUUUGCACAUGCCACAUUUCCUCCCCAGCACGCUUAAACAGCGACAUAGUGAAUUAGGUUGGUUCAUUGAGUUGAGAUUGUGGAGAUGGGAAGGGGACGAGGUGAGGGGAUUGCUGUUCCUUCACAUUUCUGAUAGCCCACAUUGUGAUGAGAAUGACCUGUGUAUUAAGGCAAUAAAGUGUUCUCGAUGAAGGCGAGUCUGGCCGGGUACCCGGUUACUGUUAUUUCUUUGAAAUUCAGAAACUCUCGCCAGAGUUUGGGGGGGGGGGGGGGGGUCACCGAGAAAGCGAGUUCCAUUUCUUAUGGCUAUGGGAGAAUAUUCUCGCCAAAGUUAGCUAAAGGUCAUUUACUUCACGCUGAUCAUUAGAAACCUUCCCAACACAUCAACCAACUUGUACAACUAAGUCCAGUGCGGCCGGAUCAUUGACUGACAUAAUAUUACCGAGUUUGUUUAGCAUGGGACUCCAACUUUAUAUUUUCAAAUUACAUCCGAUUUCCGUGCCUUUUCCAACUGGCACUCGUUUAUCGUUGGUGUGAGUGCUGUGUUUUUGUGUGUGUGGAUAUUUGUUUUUCAAUGUAACCUAACGUGUGAGACAUUUAACAUGACAGGCAUUUAAUAAGUGAGCGACUCGAAACGACAGCUGACCUUAUUUAAAUCUGUGGAGCUCCCCGUCAACUCCUCUCCAGCACAAUAAUGUCCCCAGUGUAAUUACAAUGAAAUAACUGUGUAUCUUUUGAUCGAUCACUGAUAUUAACAUUAGUAAUGCAUUCCCCCCCAAGCGAGUGUCGAAGGUCAGUAAUUGUUCUGGGUCAUCGGAUUUCCAUUAACAAUGUUGUUGAGAAAGGCAGUCUCCGGGAAUUUCAACAUAAAUUAAUCCAACAUUUAAAAUAAAACAAAAUUAAACAACAUGAAAACUAACGCAAAGUAGUUAAUUAAAGUCUGUAAGUAAUAGGCAACUUCGGUAGAUGCAAGGGGGGGGGGGGGAACUGUGACACGGGUGUGUGAAAUGAGAAAUCCUUUUCCCAGCUUAAGGCGUCUUAACUAAAAUUACCUUUUAAAUUCACAAGUGCAGUGAUCUGCAGCCUCGCUGAUUACAUUUUGGGGACCCCGGCCAAUUCCACUCUCUUAAUUUGUCGGGAAAUGUAAUGAGAUCUCGGGAAGCUGUUUAUUUCGCUGUCGCUGGACCCGUUCGCAAACCAUCACAAAUCAACUUCGGUGUUCUCCCUGCUUCUAUUCGCUCGCGGGGCAAAACUGGUGCUGUUUGAAAUGCCCGGGAGGGGUAUGCCCAGGCAUUGGGCUGUUCACCGCCACAAUUUGUAUGAUUUGGAGAUGCCGGUGUUGGACUGGGGUGUCCAAAGUUAAAAAUCACACAACACCAGGUUAUAUCCAACAGGUUUAAUUGGAAGCACUAUCGAAACGCUGCCCCUUCAUCAGGUGGUUGUGGAGUGUGGGUUGUGGUGGUUGUAUUUGAUUGGCAGGCUGCAUUUGAUUGGAUUGGAUUUGCUGUUUGUCACAUGUACCUAAGUAGAGUAAAAAAAAUUGUUUUGCAUGUAGUACAGGCAGAUCAUAACACACAAGGACAAAUAGAUCAUAGGGUGCUUAGAUAGAGUGAGGCAUACAGUAUUACAACCGUACAGGCAGUACACAGAAGCAAGAUCAGCAUUAGAUGUGAAAUUAGAGAGGUCCAUUCAGCAGUCUAACAGCAGGGAAGAACCUGUUCUUGAAUCUGUUGGUGUGUCUGUCUACAAUUGCUCAAAUUCAUCAAGGCGCAAACAACACAUUCCAUUUACCUAGCUCCCUGAAUCUAAUCAGACUGUCCCCGAAGGAGUUUCAGGAGCUUGGUAAGUGGUCUGACUAUAAAAGCUGCACAGCAGGAUCCAAAGUUAAGGAUGGCAUGGUGAUGAGAGGCUUCAAACUGGUUACAUUUGUUAAAAGAAACUCUCCCAGAAUAAAAAAAAGACAGAAAGAAGAUUCUGAACAAGCUGGGAGACAAUCAAGGAGGAUCUUAAAAAGAAAUUGUGAAAUGGCAUUGUGUUCUAAGACAUCAAUGUGUCAAGUGUAUUGUAAUGUUCAUUUCAAUCUCUUUUAAUCAGAAUUGAAGUUCUGUUCAGCAUAGUGCAAUGUAUUUGGAUGUUGACAGUCACGUACACUCAACCCAAAGAUACAGUCCAUGAUUCACAUCAGUGGUUGGCAAUUAAUGCUGCAUCCAGUCUCAGUCCCCAUCUCCUCAAGGAAUGCACCACUGAGGCAGCUGGAAGGGAAAUACUCCUUACCGGCCACAUUUCCGGGAUAGAUUGGGAUAGGGCCAUGUAGAUUGUUGCUUAUAAACCCGUAACUCCCACAUAUCGAAGGAAACAUGACCCUUAAACAAUCCUCCAAGUUACUGGAGGCUAACCGUCUGCUAUCUGUACCUGAAGUUAGCAAUUAGUCGAAUCUGCCAUCUCUUUAGCUUGUAGAAGGUAAGACCUGUCCAGUGUUAUCAUAGAUUAUCAUAGAAUCCCUACAGUGUGGAAAUAGACCCUUUGGUACAACAAGUCCACACCUACCCUCCAAAGGGUAACCCAUUUUCCUAUCCUAUUACUUUACAUUUCCCCUAACUAACACACUCUUUUUCUGCCAUUGAGAUAUCAAUUAAUUCCUGCAUAAUUACAUUGAGUAACAUAGAAUGUACAGCAGACAAACAGCCCAUUCAGCCUAACAAAGGAUAUACUUGCCAUAGAGGGAGUGCAGCAGAGUUUCACUAGGCUGAUACCAGGAUGGCAGGACUGUCCUAUAAGGAGAGAUGGGAUCAACUGUAUUCACCAGAGUUUAGAAGGAUGAGAGGGGAACUGAUUGAAAUAUAUAAAACUUUAAUAAGGCUGGACAGACUAGAUGCAUGAGGAAUGUUUUCCCACCUUGAGGAGUCUCAAACCAGGGUCAGGAUAUGUGGUGGACCAUUUAGGAAUGAAAAUAGGAAAAGUUCCUUCACUUAAAGGUAGUGAAUUUGUGGAAUUCUCUAUCAAUGAAUGUAUUAAACAAUAGAUAUGUUUCUACAUUUUAAAGACAUUAAGGGAUAUGGGGCAAAUGAUUAUAUGGUAUUGAGCCAUCAUUGUAUUGAGUGGUGGAGUAGGUUUGAGCAUGUCUUUCAACUGGAGCUUUCUCCUAUUCAACCAAAACAAACACUUGCAUUUCCACGGGACCAUGCACAACCAUAUGAGGGUCCAAGACACUUCACAGCCAAAGAAAUAUUUCUGAAGUGUACCACUGCUAUAAUGUAGAAAGCAGCAGUAACCGAUUUAUGUGUCGCAAGCAUCAAUGUGAUAAUAAGCAGAUAAUCUGCUUCGGUGAUAUCCAUGAAGAGGUAAGUGUAGGCCAGGAGAACUCUUCAAAACAAUGUCGCCAGAUCUGUUGCAUCCAACUGAGAAGGCAAAUGGGGUCUCUGUUUAGCAUCUCAUCCAAAUGACAGCCCUGCAAAUACUGCAACCCUUCCUCAGUAAUGUCCUGAAGUACAGGCGUAAACAGGAUACUCAGGUCUUCGAAUGGAACUUGGAUCCACGGUGUUAUAACCUAAUGUUUCCAAAUGAGAUAUAGUUCAAUCUUUGCAUGUUUCUUUCUAUUCCCUUUUCUCUGAUGUACUCUUUUAGUUUGUUUUUGGAAAAUGUUUAAGUUACUUGCCACAAAACAUCUUGUGGGAGUGAAUUCUACACUGAGCACACAGUGAAUGAUACAGCUCUUAUUUCUCUGGAUUUAGUCACUGCACUGUGUUGUUGACCCUUAUUUUUAGGUUCUCCUGCAAAUGGAAGCAUCUCUCCAAAGUUGCCCCAUACGGAGAGUUCAGUUAGCUAGAUAAUUAGAAAUGUAAUGUUAACAGUACAGGUUCAGUCACCAUUCAGACUAUGAGAGUGCAUGGAAGCCUGUCUCCUCACCUUGCCCUAUCCUUGUGGAGUUGUUACCCUCCACAAGCUAUACAUAAGCAGUUGUCCCUCUCUAAUGAUGAUCAAUGUCCUCUGUGGAUUAUGGGUCAUAACAUAUCUUGUACAGCUCAGCUUGAAAUUCUCCAUUAGAUCACUCUGAUAAUCUUCAUAGAAUCAUAAAAUCCCUACAGUGUGGAAGCAGGCCAUUCAGCCCAUCAAGUUCACACCAACCGUCCAAAGAGCAUCCCACCUAGACCCACCCCAUUCCUUUAACCUUGCAUAUCCCAUAACUAUUUCACCUGUACAUCCCUGGACACUGUGAGCAAUUUAGCAUGGCCAAUCCACUUAAUCUACACAUCUUUGGACUGUGGGAGGUAACAGUACAGUAAAAGGCCCAAUCUUUCAGUCUGGCUUCAUUCUUGUUGAUUUCUUUGAAAUGGGAAUCUUUAACAUUCCAACCUCAGCUUAUUGUAAAUUAUUAUCCUUUUAUCCUACAGAUGAAUGCUAGUUUUGGGAUGGGAUCAUGGCUUUGGGAAUGGGGUCUUAAGCUGUAUUUUGCAGGUCCACAUCUAAAAAAUUCACACAUUUGCAAGAGCCCAGCAUUGACAUUACUUUUCAAAAUCAUGGGCAACUGUUUGAAGUUCUUGUUAUAGAAGGGAUGCCCACAGAAUUUCACAACAAUAUCCAUUUGCAAGGUCCUCGAUGUAUCGUUUGAAACAGCUUGUAGCCUCUGUGCUGUCUACUUGGGGAAAGCAAGCAGUCUCAGUAUGGAGAUAUUUGAAUUCCAUGUUCUGCACACUAAGGAAACAAAUUGUUGACAUUCAUUAAAUGUACAUUGCCUUGGGGGACUCUGAGGUCAUGAAAGGUGCUAUAAAAAUGCAAGGAGAAAGUGAGGAUUGCAGA